AUGCCUAAGGUUAGGACUGGACCAUCAAAGCGCAUGACCUCGCGUCAGCGUCAUAAGAUUGAACGAAAAAAGAGGGAACAUAAACGUGACUUGCGCAAGGCUGCGAAGGCUUUAAAGAAAUCUGGACUUGGACCAAAGAGAUCUAAGAAAAGUCGUGAAAUGGCCAAAUUAGCCUUGAGAGUCUCUAAUGCACAUCCUGAUAAAGAGGCCAUUCUUAAAAGUGUGCUUCAAGCACGAGAGAAUGCCCGUGUUGAAAAAGCAAAUCGACUUAAAAAGAAAUCUGAGGAUGAUAAUAACCUUGAAUCAGUUUCUGAGGAAGUUUCUUGUAUUCCUCCAUCACAGGUAGGAAAGAAAGCUCUAACGUAUAUUCCUGUACGUGAAUCUAAUAAUUUUACUUAUCAAUUCAACAAGGUUCUUUCUGAAAUGGUUUUUCCUCCUUCAGGAUCAUUAAUGGAACUUCCCUCAGCUGCUUUUGUGGUAACUCUUGAUGCUCGAUGUGCAGUUCAAUGCAUACCAUGGGGUCUUCUUGAUGCUAUUAUAAACGAAAGUAAUCUUUACGGUAAAAAUGGUGGAAAACGAAAGGUUCUUAUACUAUUCGCUAUAACCAAAGUUGACCUUGUAUCAUCUCCAGCCAUAGUUUCUCAGAUCUCUCUUGUAGCACAUGCAUUGUCUGAAAGGUAUGGAACAUCUGCUAAUGGAAAAGUUUUAUUGGAGCCUAGUGAGAAUGUAUGUAUUGCAUUUUGCCCAUUUUCUAAUCAGUUUGAGAAAACUACAAGACAUUUUAUCCGUAUUAUGAGGCAGUUUUUGAACAGUGAUAACUGUGCACAGUCUAACAAGCAUUGUAAUGUUGAAGGAAAACUCUCUUCGUUUGUUAUUGGACUUCCUAAUACAGGUCGUAGAACGUUAUGUCGUGCUAUUUUACAAUACGGAGGUGACUCUUGUGUUAGUAUUGUUCCUGUUUCUUCAGCCCAGAUACAAGUGAUGUCAAAAGAAGAUAAUAAUGAAGAAGAGAUUAACUUGAAAUUGGCUUUUCCUAAUGCUAAAGAAAUUACACUACUUCAGUUUCCAGAGGAUGCUCAUUUGAUGCGCGACAUUUCUUCACCAAUAGGUGGUGAUGUUGUUUUUAAGUCUUUUUCUUUUGUUGAACGAAUAACAGAUCCUGAGUUAAUUGGUUGUAUGUUAUUCGCUGGUGCGAUUGAUAAGGUCGCACUUGCACAGGGAUUUUGUCAAUCUGCAGAAGGUUUUAAUGAAUCUCUCGAUGAAGAAAAAACUCUUAAGGCAGGAGAACGUUUCCUCCGUGGACUUGGACAUACUGUGAGAAGAGAAAAGGGGUUUUAUGUUUCUCCUUUAUUUGUAUCAAAUGCAGGAACCAUGGGAAAAGUUUGCAGCAGUUCUUUAACAGCUUCAGUUAACUUUACUUCUCGUCAACAGAGCACGCAAACAACCCUUCUUGACGCCUCGUUUAGUAAUGCCACUCCAAAUAAACUUGUCCGGAUUUCGUCCGUUGUGGCUUCAUCUCGUGGAAAGAAGAAGAGUAACUUAAAUGUGAAACGUAUUGACUCGCAUAAUGCCUUUAAACUUGGUGCACGUACAUUUGUUCGUGAAUUUUGUCAAGGAAAAAAUAUCCCAUGGGCGGUAAUGCGACCUCCUAUGAAGAAAUGCUUGACAAAGGCUGAGGUUGAGCAAGCUUCAACACUUUUUGACCUUUCACUCUGUUGUGGGAAAAGGCUUGGAACUCUUGAAACGAAAAAGAGUUCUGACGAACACCUCGCUGCAUUAUUGGAACAUUUGGCUUCUUUACUGAAACAAUAUUUAAUAUUCAUGCCGAAUAAUGUGGUGGAGUUUGAUCCCGACUGUAUUGUUGCGCCAAUUCAUAACUUGGAUGUCUCUGAGAUAAAUGGUAAGGGUGAUAAAAAGAAGAUGAAUGAGGAGGAAGAAGGGGAAGGGGAAGGGGAAGAAGAGGAGGAAGAAGAAGAAGAAGAAGAAGAAGAAGAGGAGGAAGAAGAAGAAGAAGAAGAAGAAGAAGAGGAGGGAGAAGAAGAAGAAGAGGAAGAGGAAGAAGAGUCUGAUUAA